CAAAUGGCGAUCAGCUCCCUUCCCUUUAAAACUGGAGCUGCUGCGCACUCUGUUCACUCUGCUCACUCCGAUCGGACCUGUGGAGAGUUCGGCAGGUUUCCAGUCAGCCGCCUCUGAAGAGAACCUCUCAGUGUCGACACACAGUCAAGCAUGCCUUCAGUGCCCUCCACCAAAGACAGCGGAACCUCCAGCCUAGUCUGCCCCUUCGCUGGCAAAAAGGGCUCAAGCGAUGGACCCCUCCAGAUAAACCAUCCGGAAAGCAGUGAGAAAGACAAACUGAGCUUUACUGGUGACAAGGAUGGAGCCGCCCAACUGACCAGGGAGAAGGGGGCCAUCGAGAGGAAGUGGAUCCGUCCUGACCUGAGAAGCAAGUGCACCUGGAGCCUUGGAGCGCCACAUGCUGAUUCCCCCCACACGCACCCACCCGUGACAAAUGCUCCGAGCAUCUUGCCCAACAUCCUUAGACGAAUCGGAGACACACCGCUGGUUCGCAUCAACAAGAUCAACAAGAUGUUCGGACUCAAGUGUGAGCUGUUGGCAAAAUGUGAGUUCUUCAAUGCGGGCGGCAGUGUGAAGGACAGGAUCAGUCUGCGGAUGGUGGAGGACGCAGAGAGAGCGGGUGUCCUCAAACCCGGAGACACUAUUAUAGAACCCACAUCUGGAAACACUGGUAUUGGUCUUGCUCUGGCUGCUGCUGUUAAAGGCUACCGCUGUAUCAUUGUCAUGCCUGAGAAGAUGAGUUUGGAGAAGGUGGACGUGUUGAGAGCUCUGGGAGCUGAGAUUGUCCGAACUCCCACCAGCGCCCGUUUUGAUUCGCCCGAGUCCCAUGUGGGCGUGGCCUGGCGCCUGAAGAACGAAAUCCCCAACUCACACAUCCUGGAUCAGUACCGCAACCCCAGCAACCCCCUGGCUCACUAUGACACCACCGCCGAGGAGAUACUGGAACAGUGCGAUGGGAAAGUGGACAUGGUGGUAGCAGGAGCUGGCACAGGAGGCACGAUCACCGGCAUCGCCCGCAAACUGAAAGAAAAAUGCCCAAAUGUUAAGAUCAUUGGUGUGGAUCCAGAGGGGUCGAUCCUGGCUGAGCCGGAGGAGCUGAAUCAGACAGAUAAGACGCAGUACGAGGUGGAGGGCAUUGGCUAUGAUUUCAUCCCAACUGUGCUGGACAGAUCGGUUGUGGACCGCUGGUACAAGUCCAACGAUGAAGAGUCUUUUGCUAUGGCUCGCAUGCUCAUCAGAGACGAGGGGCUGCUAUGUGGUGGUAGCUCAGGCACAGCCAUGGCGGCAGCAGUGAAGGUGGCCAAGGAGCUGAAGGAGGGUCAGCGCUGCGUGGUCAUCCUCCCUGACUCCAUCCGCAACUACAUGUCCAAGUUCCUGAGCGACAAAUGGAUGUUCCAGAAAGGCUUUCUCACAGAAGAAGACUUCAUGGUUACCAAGCCCUGGUGGUGGAAUCUCAGGUUGCAGAGUUUGAACCUCUCUGCUCCUCUCACAGUUCUGCCCACAGUAACCUGUCAAAAAACAAUCAAGAUCCUGAAAGAAAAGGGUUUUGACCAAGCGCCAGUCGUGGAUGAGUCUGGGGUGAUUCUUGGUAUGGUGACUCUGGGGAACAUGUUGGCGUCAGUGCUGGCUGGAAAAGUCAAGCCCUCUGACCCUGUCAGCAAAGUGCUCUACAAGCAGUUCAAACAGAUACGUCUGACUGAUAACCUGGGGAAGCUCUCUCGGAUCCUGGAGACGGAUCACUUCGCCCUGGUGGUGCAUGAACAGAUUCAGUAUUUGACAGACGGGUCCACCAGUCUGAGGCAGAUGGUGUUUGGAGUAGUGACGGCCAUAGACCUGCUCAACUUCGUCACCGCCCGCGAGAGACGAGAGAGAUCGUUGUCUGAAUCCACAGACGAACUGUGAUUAGCCCUCUGUUUGAACACUUCCUGCCUCUUAACCAGUGACUACGUGUGGUAUGAUGCCUUAUGAGUCCCCUGAUAUAAUUUUUAUAUUCAGAGAACUCCUCUAUAAAUUCUUCCAGGUUUUAAUUUUGAAAAUGCAAGAACUGGAAUCUAGGAGAGGCAAAUGUUUUGCGCGGCAUCAGCAUGUGGACAUGCGGUUACAUAUCUUGUGUAAAAAAUUUAUGCUUGAUGUAAGAGGAUCUGGUCACAACCAUAUGUCUGAAAUGAAUUAAGACACCAUAUAGGUAAAAAAAUAAAUACAGUAAAUAUAUGCAUUCCCUUAUUUCAGUUCCUCUGACUCAUCUAAUGAGUCUAUAUGAGGAAAAUAAGAGAUGCAGGUUGCGGAGGGGAUAUAUAAUGAUGUGCCACACCGGCUAUAGCUCGUCUAUGGGUUAAGAGUCAUGAGUCAAAAUUAUUCUGUGAACCCAGAAUUUACAACAUUCUGUAGAGCAAGUUUUUUCUCACAUUACUUGGCACCAUCUGCCAUGAUGGCAAACAUCUUCCAAAGGACUUUUAAACACCUAAGAAGCUUAAAGAAGCCAGACUAAAUUUCUCAGAUCAGGGCCUCACUUUUUUUUUUUUUUAAGCAGUAUUGGAUUGUUUAUUAUUGUUGCCUUCAUUUUCCAGAUCAGGUGUGUUGGAUCAGGGUUGGAGUUAAAUUCUGAAUGAUGGUAGAUCUCCAGGACCAGGAUUGGGCACCCCCAAUAUCCCUGUUGUAUACUUAAUCUCAAUUCUUCUUUUCGUCCCUUUCCAUUUAUUUGAAAGUCUAGAGGCAGUGUUCCAUAAAUACUAGUAAAUGUCAGCUAAGGUUACAGUGUUAUCUGCCUCUGCUAAGAAAAAAAAAGCCAAAAGCUCUUCAGAUGCACUUAUCUGCUCAUGAAAGAUGCAGCUGUGCAGAAUGUUAAAUUUUUUUCUCUCAAUAAAAUAGCCUUAUCUGUUUUUUUUUCCUUUUUUAUUUAUUAUAAGGAAAUUCCCCUACAGCUAGCUGGGAUGUUUUACCCUUCCCUUUGUGGCUGUCAAAGGUCAAACAUAUUGGUUUGAUAAGUGCACCACAGAACGGAUUUUGUAGGAGGCUGUUGUAAGAAAACUCUUGUAAAGAGACAAUCAAUAAAGAGUAAAUAAAGUUA